GUAACAACAUCCGGGCAUGUUCGCGUCCCUGGUCACCAGACAUUUAGCGGAAAACUGUAGAAAAAGUUUCUGUUGACAGGCGGGUUUUUUUUAAUGAAAUAACCACCAUAUCUUGUUGUCGUGAAACGGCUGAAGAAUAUCACACGAUGGAAAUGAUCAGAGGUAGUUUAGAUGACAUUUCCCGACCUGCGUCGUGCGAGCACACAGGCAGCCGUGUGUCCAGCGUGUCGUUGCCUCACACUGACAGAAUCUGUCCCUCAACUCCCUUCGCCCUUGAGGUUUUGACCAGCGAUGCUGCUGAUGUCCAGAACCGACGCAGGUCUGAAGAGACUAUUAUCACCUCCUCAGCCUGUGCUCCUGACCAAGUAGGCCAGUGUCACACUCGUGUUACAGAUGAGGAGAAGGAAGACUCAGAGCUCCAGAGAGCCAUUGAGGAAAUGAGACGUCUGGAUGAAAUACUGUCUGUACAGAUCUGCAAAGAAAAAGAAGUCAAGCGUCAAAGGAAGGAACUUCAAACCAAACUCUGGCAAGAACUUCUGCAGAAUAAGCCUGAAGGUCACUCUGGAUGUGCCCACGAAGCUUUGAACACAAGACUGUUUUUAUCUCUUGAAGCAGUCAGGGGGACAGAAGAAGAUGAAGAGGAUUUCGUUGUGCCUGUCUUUGAAACUCAGGUUCCUGACGGUGACCAUGACAGACACAGCCAACAUCUGGGGCAUUGGGAAAAGUCACCAGGCAACUCGACAGAAUCACUCGAGACUGGUGCAGAGCAAUGUGAAGCCGGCCACUGUGGAGCUUCCAGAGGCAAGAAAAAACAGAAGGACUUUGUCAAGAGAAACAUCGAGCUUGCAAGUGGUGAUGGGGGCCAAGUGCAUUUGACCCAGGGGGAGAAUCAGCGUCUGGCCGAGCUCCUCCGACAAAUAGACGAAGAGGAAGAGGAUAGUGCCAGAGGUGCAGACAGCGAGGAGGACAUGUGGGCUGUGUCAGUCUUGUCAGGACAAGGUUACACCCCAGAGCCCUCUGACCUGGAGCAGCUGAUUGACAUCGACUCCAAAAUGCGCCUUCUCCUCCCCGUUGAAGAAUUUGUCUCGGUGCAAAGUUCCUACACAAACUUAAGCGUGUCCCAGAUGAUAAGAAUUCUCAAUGGAGAGCAUCACAGUGAUUCCGUGGUUAGCACUGUCUCCUCACUGCAGACGUUUAUAAGUCCUCCCUGUGUCUGCGUGGGUUUUCUGCGGGUUCUCUGGCUGCCUCCCACAGUCCAAAGACGUGCAGCUUAGUUAUGGAGAGUCUAACUCGUCCGUAGGUGUGAAUAUGACAACAGGAUAACAGGAUAAUGGAUGGAAUCCUCAAUGGACCUAGACUGAUAAGUUUCGCCUGGCAGAUACAUCUGUCAACAUCUGGUUAUUUCAGAUUCACUGUAUGCUCCGGACGAUAGGUAAAAAUAAAAAUGAGGAACAUUUAGAACAAAGUUGCCAAACUGAUUUGUCAAAGACAUUAUUUAUCAGAUUAUUAUUAAUCACAUUUUUUAUAUGUUUUAUUCACAAAUAUCAAUAUCAGUAUUUGCCUAAAGUGAUUAUUGUGCAGCACGAGGUUCAGACACAAUCGGUCACUCAAAAUGUAUUCAUAAUAUGCCAAUGAUCGGAAUAAUUCGGGAUUUUGGAUUACUGGUUGGACAGAAGAAGCAGUCUGAUGACCUCAAGCCUGGGUUCUGGCAAACUAUGAUGGACAUACUGAAUUACUGCUUGAUUGAUUUAUUGAAAAAGAUUAUUGGCAGAUUAAUUUACUGUGUAUAUAAUCAUUAGUUGCAGAUCUAGCAGCACAAAGCACUGCAGCAGAACACAUAGGUGAAGAUUCAGUGUCAGCAGGGGGAUUCGGGAGAAUAUGAUCGAUCCUCUGAGAAUUGACUGAGCCCAACCAGAUGUUUAGAUGAGGACAUGAGUGCUUCUUGAAAUUCCACAAUAAAAA